GGUUUACGUAAUCUGUGAACGAUCCCAAACUAUUUUAGAUGGCUAGUGAGGGUGCUUAUCGUGAAAUUGCUUCGGGAUCUGGCUCACAAUCGAAACCAAAAAUGUCUUUUCUCGGGGGCCUGCGAAAGUUUUUCGAUAAAGAGUUUGCGGCUGAGUUUCUGUCUACUCUUAUAUUGGUGUUGCUUGGAGACGGUUCGGUGGCUCAAUACAAGAUGCUUAACAAAAGUGCGGUGGAACCUUUUCUGUCAAUAAACAUCGGGUAUGCGUGUGCGGUGACGUUUGGUUGUUACAUAGCGGCUGGAGUAUCAGGUGCUCACAUGAACCCUGCGGUAACCAUAGCCCUGGCAGUCGUGAAGAAGUUUAAAUGGAACAAGGUCCCUAAAUACAUCACUGCUCAAAUGUUGGGUGGCUUCUUUGGUGCUCUCCUCGUUUUUAUCACUUAUGUUGAUCGGCUACUGAAAUCGGGAGACGUGGUUGAGGAAGAGUCAUUUAGGGGGAUAUUUGCGACAUACCCGCACCCCGACACUACAACAGGUGGUCAGCUGCUUGAUCAGGUUGUAGGGACGUUCCUUCUCAUGCUCAUUGUUUGCUCUCUUGGUGACAACAACAACUCCGCUCCCCCCAAAGGUGUAACUCCUAUUCUGGUGGGUGGUGCUGUGUUAUCUAUUGGUCUCUCUUUCGGAACCAGCUGUGGAUAUGCCAUAAACCCUGCGAGGGACUUCGCUCCUAGACUCGCCACAGCUCUACUUGGAUAUGACCACGUAUUCUCAGCGGAUAACUACUACUUCUGGAUACCGAUAAUCGGUCCCAUCAUCGGGGCAAUCCUGGGUGCAGUAACCUAUCUAGUCUUCAUAGAACAGCCUGGGAUCUCCUGCAUCGGUCAGAAAGGUGCUGACUUAGAUCCCUCCAAUAUUGUUAGUAACGGGGCUUCUGAGAUAGAGUUGGAGAAAACCGCUGCUUGAUAGUUGGUGUAGAACAGAUUGAUUAUUUUAGUUUUAAGAUAAACUGGUGAUAUUAUGUAUUACUAUUUCUGUAUUAGUAUUAGCAUCAUAUUCUAUUAGAUUAUAAUUUAGACUCUCAGAUAUCAAGAAAAAUGUGUAAUUGACGCGUGACUGAUCAUGAUGUGUGAUGGGGCUGUUUACUGCAUUGUUCUAACUGAGCUGUAUUCAUUGGUCACAUGACCACGGUCACAUGAUCACAUGAUCACAUGGUCACAUGGUCACAUGGUCACAUGGUCACAUGGUCACAUGGUCACAUGACCACAGUCAUCAUUACUUUAUUGCUUUGUUGUGUAUUCAGCUCAAUUUUUAUGUCACGAGUCAACAACAUUAUUCGAUAAACCAGUAUAGCCCUGCGCUUUAGGUUUUUCAGUUCAUGUGUUAUAAAAUUGUUAUCUCAAUCUGCAUCUGAUCUUUAAUGUAAACCAGGGUUUAGGCCUGGCUUAUGUAAAUGCAAGAAGUAAACACUUUAAUAAAUAAUAUUAUAUUAACUCGCAGCAUGUUUUCAAGGUUCGAAAAGAAUUCCACAGAUAAUAUAAUGUAUAGAAUUA